GCGCUCCGGCUCAAUACCGGCGUGGAGGUUCCCUUCGGCUCUCCCACUCCUCUUCCAACCAUGGGCGGGGGUGGAACAAUGAGAGGAAAAGGAGGUGGAGGCAGGAAAAUGGCAGCGGCGACCGUGGCGGUGGCGGCGUUAACGGCGCCAGGAGGAGGCGGCGGCUGCAGUCCGAGGCAAGGCGCUGCUCCGCUCGCCGCCUGGCUCAGCUCGUUGCUGCUGGCGGCGGCUCUCGGCUUGUCCCAGGUUUCAGCUGUGGAAGUAUACACACCAGCAGAACUCUCUGUGGAGAAUGGGACAGAAACGACGCUUCCGUGCAGCUUUUCAUCCUCAGAGGUGAUCAGCAGUGCCGCUAGUGUUACCUGGAGCUUUCAACCAGAGGGAUCAACUACUUCUGUGUCGUUCUUCUAUUAUUCCCAUGGCAAAUCAUAUCCUGGGAAGGAUACACAAUUUAAGGACAGAAGCAGCUGGGCAGGUGACCUUAACAAGAAAGAUGCAUCUAUCAGUAUAUCCAACAUGCAAUUCCGGGACAAUGGCACUUUCAUCUGCGAUGUCAAGAACCCUCCAGAUAUAGUUGUCACACCUAGUGAAAUCAAAGUCAGAGUUGUGGAAAAAGGUAACUUGCCUGUGUUUCCCAUUACUCUAGUAGCAGGGGCAUCCAUUGGUGGAGUUCUGGGCUUAGUUUUGCUCAUCGUUCUUGUUGUGUGUGUCGCAUGCAGAAAGAAGAACUCUAAAAAUCAUUACUCUGGCUGCAGUACCUCUGAGAGCUUGGUGUCUCCAGUUAAGCAGGCUCCACGGAAGACCCCCUCCGACACAGAGGGUCUGGUAAACAGCGUGCCCAUCCGAUCACACCAGGGCCCAGUAAUUUAUGCGCAGUUAGAUCACUCUGGAGGGCGUUACAGUGACAAGAUCAACAAGUCGGAAUCUGUCGUCUAUGCUGACAUUCGGAAGAACUGAGGAAAUCCCAACCAACCCAAAGCUAAACAAAAAUUCAAACUGGAAUCGCUUGAAGAAGAUUGACCCAGAGAACUCACAUGUGGCCUUUGAUGCCUAGGCUAGGACCAAUGCAUGUGCAUACAGAGAGAAAGAGAUUAUAUAUGUAUUGUGUGUAAAUAGUCUAUUUAAAUCGUACAGAACUGAGACCAAUGUUGCAUGUUGAAAUAUGAUAUGAAUUCUGCUUAUAAAUUGCUAAUAUUUUUUUUUGUAUCUAGGAUAAGAGGAAGAAAGCAAAUAUUCAUAUUACACCUUUAAGUGAUUUCUCUGUUCUAUGGAAAAACUGGAAAAUUCCUGGAUAGUCUAAUGGAUUUGAUACUUUGUUUUUUACAAGAUUGAUUUCUUUUGAUGAAAUAGACUUGAGGAUAAGUGUUUCUGCAUGAGGAUUCUCUUUUCCUAUUCUGGUGCUUUCCACACAGUUUCAUAUAAAUUCACUCCUGUCUUUCAUUCCCAAUUCCCACUUACCUCUUUCUACAGUAGGGUCGGAAAGCCCUCCCCUGCCUUCAGUUUCCAGCCUGGUCCUCGUAUUGGCUGAAGCCAAAGUUCUAUCUUCAGGGCAUUAACUAACCUUUGUCUCUUUUUGGCGCAGCGCGCUCCCCACCCCAAUAGCUUUUAGACAUUUUCAUUUGGUCAUUUCAAUCAUGAAGCAUUAACAAGAAGUCCCUCUAAUUUUAAUUUCCCGCUGGUGAUUUUUCUGCAAUAAAAGUGGUAUUCAGUUUUGUCUUUGAAGAAAAUAGGGUAGUGAAGUGGUGCUGAAUGAACUUAGUCUGAUCCUAAUAUGGCUUUCUAGAAUACCCUUACAUUGGGCUGCUUUUAGUAAGGCUUAUUGGGAUGUAGCUGUUGCAGAAAGAAAGUUAGAAUUUACAAGUUACCUCUUACUGUUUUAUCUAAUUCCAUGGAGGGGAGUGCUUCAUGGAAGCCAUAUAUGAUAGAAUAGGCCAGUAGUACACUUCCUGUUUCAAGAGGUGAGGGCCAAGAUUCUAUUGUUACUCAUUCUCAGACUGCAGAUUUACCUUCAAACAGAAAGGACUGUGGAUUUCUCUACUGUGGGGUUAGCUCUGCUCUGUUGCUGCUCUAUUAUUCUUGUAAGGGCACACAACCUCCAAAUCACCUGCUGUUCUCUCCUCCCUUCCUGCCUCAAACCAUUGUUUCAGACAGGCUGUCUGGUUCUCUUCCUCCUCCUCCUCCUCUUCAUUGUUUCAGACAGGCUGUCCGGUUCUCUUCCUCCUCCUCCUCCUCCUCUUCCCAAGGCCCUUGCAUGUUUAUCUGUGCAGUGGAGUUUUCUUAAAAGUAUAAGAAAGUGUGAAUGGUAGCAGAUGAAACUUUAUGAUUGACCCAAAGGCUGGCCAGUAGGCACUCUGCAGAGCCAAACAAGCAGGCUUUCCCUAAAGCUUGGGCCAAGAGGAGGGGACAUUGUACUUUUGCCCAAAUGUGGUGAGUGCAUUUCCACAGCAGGAUCACUGCUAAAAUGAGGUAUGCCUGUAUGAGCAUUAAUCCCUUGUUCCUUAAUGGAUUCUUUUUCCAAAAUAGAAAAAUUAGAAGGCUUCAAUUACCGACUUUUCUGUGCUAAGGCCAUCUUUACUGCUGUCUCCUGUGAUCUCAGUGGACUUAGGCUGCAGUCCUAAAUAUACUUACUAGGAAAGUAAGUUCCUUGAACUUGGUGGCACUUGAGUCUAAGAAAACCUGGACAGGGCUGAAGUGCUGGUGUUCACUGAAGCUUUAUUGGAGUUUUUCUCCUUUCUAAACAGUGAAAUUAUGCCAUUGUACACAUACACCCAUUCAUCAUAGAUGCCUUGGUUACUGCUUGUCUUAUUUUCUUUUACCGUAAAUGAAAUUGGCCAUGCCAUUAUUAGUCUCACCUUCCCCUACUGGUUUUUGCAUGCAGUACAUCAUUUACUGGGGCUGGCAGGUUUCCUGCAGGCAUUUCAUUGGCCACUGUGAGAUCAGGAUGUUGGGCUACAUGGGCCGCUGGCCUGACCCAGUAGGCUCAUCGUCUUAUGCACAACUGCACAUAUUCAUCCUAGAAUUGCACCCCGCUCCCUACAAAACAAAAACGUUGCAGGAGUGUAGAUGAAUGAGCAACUUGUGAAGAUUUGUCUUGAACAGUGAGAGACAAAAGUUAAUGAAAAGUGACACUUAAUGCUAAUCUGAAUACACCCACGUGUCAUUUAGAGGUUGAUUAGUUUUCUGAGGCUGCUCUUUUAAUGCUCAUUUAGUGUCACUGUUGAAAGGAGCCUGUUGAAUUCCUUUUGACUUUUCAAUCUUUAUUCAGUUGGGGAGUGAGGGUGGGACUGAAAAAAACUUCAGGUGCUUUUUAAAUUUUCUCCAGUACUGCACUGGUCUCCUUGCCCUCUUCAGAACAGGGGUUGGCAGAAGGUAGAUUGACAGAUUGCAGUCCCAUGGUGGUCUGCAAACUCCUGGUUGGCCACCUAGCACCUGGUGGGUUACUGGGAUGUUUUGUGUGAGCAAAGAAUGUUGGACUAGGUGGAUUGUGGUCUGAUGAAGAACAUCUUACGCUGUUAAACAGGAGGACCACAUAAUGCAGAUAAGCUAUGCCUUAACGGUUAAGACACCCUGAAUAUGCAUCCUUGCUUUAUUAAUGUAAAACACAUCAGUGGAUCAUAAGGGUUCCAGCUAAAAACAAAUGUAGACCACACAAGGUAGAAUUUGGGCCACUCUGCUUUGCAGCUACCUCUUGUGGUGUAUACAGUCCGAUGGGAGUGUGCGUAGUUUGUCGCUUGGAGGAGCAAUAAAAGCAGAAGAGUGGAUUUCUUGCCUACUGCAACACAAGUGUUUGUCAUGGUGCGUAAUCACUUUGAAACUGUUUCUGGUUGGUGUAUGUAACAGAGACUUGGUUGGAUGAAGCAGAUGGGCCUGUUCUUGCCGUUGCUUGGCCACCAGAUUUCUCUUAUGCACAGCAACCAAGGUCAUAUGGGUGGGGAGGGGGGCAUUGCAGUGAUUUUUAAGGAAGUCAUUAGCUUACACUAGGCGUCCUAUUGGGAAGACCCAGUUUUCUGAGUGCAGGUUCUGGAAGCUGGGCACUAGGGGCAGUACAGUAUUCCUUUUGGUGUAGUGACCUCCCCGCUGCACCAAGGAUUCCCUGCCCGAGCUGCUUCAGGUCGUGGCGAAUGUUCUCCUGGAGACACCUAUUUUGGUUGUCCUAGGGGAUUUUAACAUCCAUGCCAAGACAACCUUACAAGGGGCCGCUUGGGACUUCGUGGAAAGCAUGGCCUCCAUGGGGCUGUCCCUGAAUAAGUUUGGCCCAACUCAUAGUCGUGGACAUGCCUUAGACCUGGUGUUCACCUCUAUGGAUGUGGGUGAUCUGACACUUAAGUAAAAGUGAAACAAAAGAAGUGCCAUGGUUGAAUCACUUCCUGGUGCAACUGGAUUUCUCUGUGACCCUUCCCUUCUGCAGGGAGGUGGGACCGAUUUGGAUGGUCCGUCCCCGCCACUUAAUGGAUCCAAAUGGUUUCCAGAGAGUGGUAGGGGAUGUUUAUCCCAUGUUGAUGGCCUUUCAUGUGAUUCCCUGGUGGCCUGCUGGAAUGCGGUUAACCAGGCCUAUUGACUGACUGACUCCGAAGCGCCGUCUCUGAUUGCAUGGAGCCUGGACAUCCCCGUGGUUUUCUCCAGGGCUGAGGGCGAUGAAACAAUCGCUGAGAUGGCUGGAGUGCCGGUGGCAAAAAACUCAUUCUGAAUCAGAUCGGAUACAUGUUAGAGCUCAGCAUCAAGCCUAUCAAGUGGCAGUAGUGACGGCGAAGAGGACCUUCUUCACCGCCUCUAUUGCAUCUGCAGAAAACAGCAGCAGGAGACUCUCUUAGGUGGUUCACAAUUUAACGGAACAACCUUCGCCAUUGGGGCCCAGUAAGGACCCCAAGAUCUCCUGCAAUGAUUUUGCAAAGUUUUUUGCAGAUAAAGUCGCUCAGAUUCAGAAAGAGGUAGACCGCCAUGGGAGCAGGGCCAGGGCGGGAGAGAGCUAGAGUCCUGUCUAGUCAAGUUCCAUGGGAUCAAUUCCAAUCUGUUAUCUCCGAGGAUGUGGACAGGCUGCUUGGAUGAGUGAAACCAACUAAUUGUCUCCUUGAUCCUUGCCCAUCCUGGCUCAUAAAAGCGAGCCAAGAAGGGCUGGACGAUGGACUCGGUGGGAUCGUGAAUGCUUCUCUCUGUGAGGGAGGCUUCCCAGACCAGUUGAAAGAGGUAGUCAUGAAACUGCUUCUUUAAAAAAAGCUCUUUAGACCCGGCCAAUAUGGCCAACUAUCGCCCAGCUUCAAAUCUUCCAUUCUCGGGCAAGGUGACUGAGUGGGUGGCUGCUGAACAAGUCCAGGCAUGCCUGGAAGGAUGUGGGCCAUUUGGAUCCCUUCCAGUUGGGAUUCAGGCCUCAUCAUGGGACUGAAACUGCCUUGGUCACGCUGGUUGAUGAUCUCCGGUGUGCUAGGGACAAGGGUAAAAGCUGUUUCCUAGUUCUGCUGGAUCUCUUAGCGGCCUUUGAUACCAUCAACCAUAACAUGCUUCUGGACCGUCUAGAGGAGCUGGGGGCACUGUUAUACAGUGGUUCUGCUCCUUCCUUCUGGACCAUGUCCAGAAAGUGAUGUUGAGGGAUGAGUGUUCAGACCCCUGGGCUCUCACUUGUGGGGUGCCUCAGGGCUCCAUCCUCUCCCCCAUGCUUUUUAACAUCUAUAUGAAGGGCUGGGAUAAAUUAUCAGGGGGUUUGGGCUAAAAGUUGAUCAGUAUGCGGAUGAUACCCAGCUCUACCUCUCUUUUAAAUCAGAACCAGUGAAGGCGGUGAAGGUCCUGUGGGACUGUCUUGAGGUGGUUAGAGGAUGGAUGGCGGCUAACAAAUUGAGGUUGAAUCCUGACAAGACAGAAGUACUGUUUUGGGGGGACGGGGCAGGCAGGUGUGGAGGACUCCCUGGUGCUAAAUGGGGUAACUGUGCCCCUGAAGGACAAGGUGUGCAGCCUGGGAGUCAUUUUGGACUCACAGCUGUCCAUGGAGUCAUAGGUCAAAUCUGUAUCCAGGGCAGCUGUCUACCAGCUCCAUCUGGUAUGCAGGCUGAGACCCUACCUGUCCACAGACUGUCUCGCCAGAGUGGUGCAUGCUCUAGUUAUCUCUCGCUUAGACUACUGCAGUGUGCUCUAUGUGGGGCUACCUUUGAAGGUGACUCGGAAACUACAGCUAAUCCAGAAUGCGGCAGCUAGACUGGUGACUGGGAGUGGUUGCCAAGAGCAUAUAACACCAGUCCUGAAAGACCUUCAGUGUCUCCCAGUACAUUUCUGAGCGCAAUUCAAAGUGUUGGUGCUGACCUUUAAAGCCCUAAACGGCCUCGGCCCAGUAUUUUUGAAGGAGCAUCUCCACCCCCAUCAUUCAGCCCAGACACUGAGGUCCAGCGCUGAGGAUGUUCUAGCAGUUCCCUCCCUGUGAGAAGUGAGGUUACAGGGAACCAUGCAGAGGGCCUUCUUGGCAGUGGCACCCGCCCUGUGGAACACCCUCCCAUCAGAUGUCAAAGAAAUAAACAACUACCUAACUUUUAGAAGACAUCUGAAGGCAGCCCUGUUUAGGGAAGUUGUUAAUGUUUGAUGUUUUAUCGUGUUUUUAAUAUUCUCUUGGAAGAUGCCUAGAGUGGCUGGGGAGGCCCAGCCAGAUGGGUAGGGUAUAAGUAAUAAAUGAGGAAUGCCAGAAAAAAAUAACUUAAUGGAAAGACUUGCUUCAAUUAUAACGAGAAACUAAACACUACUCUGCAUACUUUGAUCUGAUGCAAACUACAACGACUUGUGAAUGCUUGCAGCCAAAUGAGCUGUGUAGGAGAAAACAAUUUAUUAUUCAGUGUUUUCAGAAUAUUAUAGAACUUAACGUAAUCUUUUAAUUCUAGCACCUUAUUACUAGAAAAGCAAGUCACUAUUUUUUCUUUCUUCUUUCAUCUUUGCCUGCUACUCUUGACACUUUGCUUCAUCAGCAAUUGGAGCUGGCAGCAUGAUGACCUUUUUGUGUGUGACAUGAACCUGUUUUUCAGCAUUUUGAAAGGAGUCUGAAUAUGGUUUAUAGUGCAGGAGAGAAUUUGGGUUUGUUGUCCUCUCAUUUGUUGCUCCUCUUCUGAGUUUAGUAGCAGACAACUUGGCAAGCACAAGAACCCUAAAGGGGCUACAUUUCCUCCGACAGAAGUUAUGUGGCUUGAACAGUAAAAUUGGAACAAGUGUGACUUUUCCUAGUAGCUGUUCAAGCUGAAAACCUCUAUUCAUGAGAAAUUGUGGCAUCUUGUGGAUUUACAUCCUUUAACAUGCCUGAAGUAUGAUCCAUGUUAUAAUCUUAUUUGUAAAUAGUGUAUUUUCUAACUUAAAAGUGUGGUCUAACCCUGUUAAAAACCAGUUUGCCAUCAAUAUUAGUGGAGGUGCAGUGCCCUUUUUUUAGAGAGAGAGAGACAAGGCAAGUAGAGGCUAGUGUUGCUACUAGGUUUUGACUCCUUAACAACUGUACCCCUCAUGUUUCAUCUCAGUAGAAUAUUGUUCAAUAGAAGUUCUUCAUGGCAGAUAACCAUGUUUGAAUAGGUAGGGUGCUUUUAUCCCAGUAGGGUUUGGGGAAGAUCGUUCAGACUGUAGGAGUUCUAUCUUAUUUGUUCAUGAAGCUUUGUCUCUUGCUAGAGUGCUUUGUGGGUCUGCAGUAUCAACAUUUCAGUGUGAAUAGGGAAACUAUAAAAAGUUUUGUCUUAAUUAUUUGAAGUAGUUGAGGUGAUCAUCUGUCUUGUAACUUGCUCUGUAUUCACAAAACUCCAAAGGCUUUCCUUUUUGUGUACAGUCAGUUGUUCUGGUGAAGUGAGCAGGUGUUCAGUCAUCAACAGAUGAGCCUUGAAGUCUGUCUGUCAAGUCUCAUUCAGAGUUUUACCUUAUUCUUGUAUCGACCAAGCCUUUUAAACCACAUUUUUCUAUUUGUGUGUGAUGGGUAGAAGUUUCAUCCCCCCUUACUAAAACUGUUUCCUAGUUAAAAUCUAGGAGACGCCUCAGUGAAAGGGCAAUUUUCCUAUGGUGCUCAAUUUAGAUGCCCUUUUCUGUGAAAGGCAAUCAAGAUCUAACAAUGGACUCCCACUUGUGAAACUUAGCUCCCCAACCCUUGGACCUUCUUAUCAAGAUCUCCUUUGGCUCUAUACAACUCCACAGAAUGCAGCUACUGAGCCCUUUUCUACCUUGUUUCUGCACUUUUAAAAAACUGGAAUUGCAUUUUGUAUUAAGUUGUUGUACAGUCUCCUUUCCUUCCUUCCCUAUGUUCUCAAAUGCAGCUGCUGCACAGGCAGUUGGCUACCUUCUGGAAAGCACCACUAUGAGGGCACCACACUAUGAUGCUGCUAGAUUGGCGGGGUGGGGCAAAAGGGGUAAACACCUAUAAAAUAGGUGUAUAAUUUUGGGCAAGGGAUUGUUCUACAAGGUCUCUGUAAAGUUAAAGCAGGAACUAGUGGUAACAUACUUGUUUUGACUUGCUUCUAAGUUGGACACACAUCACAUUGGAUAUUUACAUGUUUUCUAUUGUACUCUUGUGAAUAUUUUAAUACACUUUUUCCAUUAGUG